CCCGCCCCUAUAUCAGUGCUGCCCCGGAGUCGAAAAGUAGUACACCGUUCCAAAGCGCAUGCGCAGUAGCGUUCACAAUGUGGCCGUGGAUUCGUAAGCCUUUGCAAUGGUUAAAUCAGCAACAAUGCGUUUUGAUCUCCAAAGCAGUGCGUGUCCAGCAGCUGCACAGUAGCAGCAGUGAAUUUACAGACACCUGCUAUAAUGGGUUGUAUCCCGGACACAUCCCCACCACCCCUAUCCAGAGAGCCCUGUUGGCCGUUGGGUCAGGUGUGGCUGCACUGCGGGACCCCUACAGACAUGACAUGGUUGCAGUGCUCGGAGAGACGACAGGACACCUAGCGUUGAUAAAUCUCAGGGACAGGAUGAGAAAUGACCCUGAAGGCUACACUAUCCUAACAGAGAGGCCCAGGAUCCGGCUGUCUACACUUGAUCUGAGCAAGAUGGCCUCACUGCCCGACGGCUCUUUUGGGAGAGAAUACCUCCGUUUUCUGGAGGACAAUCACGUGACGCCUGACUCAAGGGCAGAUGUGAAGUUUGUGGAUAAUGAGGAGCUAGCUUACGUCAUGCAGAGAUACAGAGAGGUCCAUGAUUUGUUACACACCUUACUGGGCAUGCCCACCAACAUGCUGGGUGAAGUGGCAGUAAAAUGGUUUGAAGCUGCUCAGACGGGGCUUCCCAUGUGUGCUCUUGGAGCUGUGUUGGGCCCACUUCGGCUAAAUGCAAGCCGUUUACAGUCACUGUUCACAUCUUUGGGGCCCUGGGCUCUGCAGAAUGGGCGGCGGGCCCGCUGUGUCCUCAGCAUCUUCUACGAGAGGCGAUGGGAGCAGAACCUCGAAGACCUCCGACAAGAGCUCAACAUCGAACCACCUCCUGUCAUACUCAGUGCAUCCAACAAGAGGAGCACCUGAGAAAGAUCAACUCGUUCAGGAAUCAUCAGACAAAAGACUUUUAAUUGUGGAGGAACCAUAAAUAUUUCAAGUGUGACAGUGGAAUUUUUGAUAUUAACUACUGAGGAAAUGGGGAAAUUUCACACUUGGCACACUUUGGCUUGUUCCUUGUGUGUGAAAGCGGAUGUGUUUAUGUUUUAAGGCUAAAAAUCUUCUAAUUUCAUACAGUUGUAAAUUAUUGAGAAAUAGUAUAAAGUGCACCUGCAGUUGUACAAACACUAAUAGUUGGGAAAGGAGCAGAUGCAUCCGCUUCUGUUAUCAUUUGACUCACUGUGUCUGCAAAUCGUGUACAUUGGUCAACAGGAGUUUAUGAUGAACACAUUCAGUGUCAAAAAAGCAACAUUUCAAUUUUCUUAGAGUGGACACAAUGCACAAAGGUAAUUCUUGAUUGUACUCAUAUUAUUGCUUUGUAGUAAUGUGAAAUAUUAACCCCUACGAGGAUGUGUUUUAUGCCAAAUAAAGGAGUAAAAUCCU